CGUUGCCAGACGAUCAUCGGCGGAGUUUCUUCAGGGGAUUUAAGACCCGAAUACGGGCACGGACACGACUACAUAAACUCGCGCGUAGCAAUCGUCAGCGUUGUUUUCGCCCUCCACUUUCAUGCCCAUUAUCAUCAAUCUUUACUACGAGCGUAAAGCCCUAUUUACCUUCUACGCCCUAGUAUUAUUAUAUUUCAUAUAUAAUAUGUAAAGCUGCUGCGUUAUAAGACAAGACACUUGGUGGCGUUCGAAUUAUGCGCAUACAAAUUAAUAUUCACACACAACAAACAAAAUGUACUAAUGCACGAACGUUGCUAAACUUACUCUACGUACGUAUUAUCAUUCGGGCAACAACUGAAAAAUUAUUUACCGACCAAAUCGUGGACCUCCCGCUCGCGGGCUUCCUAUCGACGAGCUCAACUUCACUUUUUAUUAUUUGGCUGUGAGUGCAAGACUCGGAGUACGGCGGUCUCGCAUAUUAAUAAAUAUUCGGAAAGUUUAGUUUGCCUCAUAGGACCGCCGAGCCUAGUAGCAAGUGGUUUCAACCUAACCUUUCAAUGCACUACUACGGUAUCCGCCGGCUAUCUUUCCAUUUUUCUCUCUCUCACGUUCGUAAAUGUGAAUGUGUAUAGAUGAUAUGACAGAACUACGGAGACUGACACGACUCGCUGCAUGUAAACACUGGCCGAGGUCCGCCUGAGUCGUGAAACGUGGAAGCUCGUCCGAGGUGCAGUUACGGGACUUUCAACCGUUAAUAAUUAAGCGCAUCGAUGAGGAAGCUUUAGUUUAGGCUUAAUACGCUAUCGACGUUUAUGAAUAGAGAAUUUGAAAAAUGUCUUCGGAAAGCGACGUUCUUGACGAUGAGGCUAAAUUGCCUCAAGAUCUCGAAGAUGAUCUGGUGCAAGAGGUUUUGAAGACUGGGACGGAUUUACGACAGUAUUCCACGCAAAUUGAAAAGGAGCUUCUUGACGUUGAGAACAAAUCCAUACAAGAUUACAUAAAAGAGAGCGAAAAUAUCGCCAGCCUCCACAAUCAAAUCACAGCAUGCGAUAAUAUUUUAGAGCAAAUGGAAUCGAUGUUGUUGGGCUUUCAGUCCGAUCUUGGGAGUAUAAGCGAAGAAAUUCUUUAUCUUCAACGAAAGUCCAUAACUAUGAGUCAACAAUUAACCAAUCGGCAAGUUAUUCGAGGGCCUCUCAGCCAAUUCAUCGAGGAUAUGACUGUCUCUGAGACUCUCAUAGUGGGAAUAAUGGAUAGUCCUGUUACUGAAAAGGAAUUUGUGGCAAAUCUAGAGACUCUUAAUCAUAAAAUUAAUUUUGUGAAAGAGCAAAACUUUAAAAAAGCAAAAUCUUGCCACGACGUGCAGGAUAUUUUAGAAAAAUUAAAAGUCAAAGCAAUGACAAAAAUCAGAUCUUAUUUAUUAGAGCAAAUAUAUAAAUUCAGAAAGCCAAUGACUAAUUUUCAAGUGCCUCAAAAUAAUAUGUUAAAAUAUAAGUUAUUCUUUGAAUUUAUUCUUAAUAACGAAAGAAACAUAGCUGAAGAAAUUUGUGGAGAGUACAUAGAUACGAUGAGUAAAAUUUAUUUUUCCUAUUUUAAAUCUUAUUCAUCGAGGCUAAAAAAGCUGCAAUUUGAUGAAAAUCCUUCGAAAGAUGAUUUAAUGGGAGUAGAAGAUACGGCAAGUAGAGGACUGUUUCACAAAUCUCAUUUAAAACAUAGAGGAACUGUAUUUUCUAUUGGUGCUAGAGGUGAAGUUUUGUCAUCUCAAAUCGAAGCUCCCAUAAUUGUACCUCAUACUGCUUCAAAAACUAAAUAUCAUUACGAAGCUCUCUUUAGAAGCGAACAAUAUGCUUUAAUCGAUAAUGGAUGUCGCGAAUAUUUAUUCCUAUCUGAAUUUUUCAAAGUAAGAGGAAUACAAGCAUUAGAGAUUUUUAAUCAAGUUAUGGGUAAAACAUUGAGUUUGCUAUUGAAAAGUUUACAAUCAUUUGUCGAUGAUUCGUACGAUGCUAUAGCUUUAUUUUUAUGCUUACAUCUUGUAAUGAGAUAUCAAUUGAUGUGUCACAAAAGGGCUGUACCGGCACUUGAUAAGUAUUGGGAUAAUAUGACAGCAAUAAUUUGGCCACGGUUUGAAAAUAUAUUUCGACUAAAUAUUCAAAGUAUUAAGGACUGUGAUCCAAUGAAAUUUACCAGAGAAACAGGACCUCAUUAUAUAACUAGAAGAUAUGCUGAAUUCAGUGCUGCUAUGAUAGGAGUUGGAGAAGGUUUCCCUUGUGAAGGAGCCACCCAACUUUUAGCCGAAUUAAGAGAAGCUGUUCAAUGUUUUCUUCUCAGAAUGGCUGCUGUUUUUCCACAAAGAACUCAACAGCUAGUAUUCCUUAUAAAUAAUUACGAUCUUGUCCUUGGAGUUCUUAUGGAAAGAACUAGGGACAAUUCGAAAGAAGCAGAAAGUUUUCGCGAACAAUUGAAUGCAAGAUCAGCUGAAUAUGUUGAAGAAAUUUUAAGUCCACAUUUUGGUGGAAUCAUUCAAUUGGUAAAGGAAUCGGAGGUUUUGAUAGAAAAGGGUCAACUCGAAGAUUUAAAAAGACAAGAGGGCAAGGCCUUAGGAUUAGUGCAAUCAUUUACAAAUAACUGGAAACGGGCAUUAGAAGAAAUUAAUCGUGAAGUUGUAAAAUCAUUUCCGAGUCUCCUCCUUGGUACUUCAUUAGUCCAAAGAGCUAUGACUCAACUUGUUCAAUACUAUCACAGAUUUCAUAAAAUUUUACCUGCCAAUGUACGACCACAAUUAACUAAUAUUCAUCAUAUUAUGGUCGAGAUUAAGAAAUACAAAACAAAUUAUUAAAUUUUUUAUAAAAAUAUUCCUUUCCAACUACAAUUUGUACAUAGGUUAAUUUUAAAUAAUUUUCAAAAUUAUUGUUACAUUAAUUAGAAUAAAUUAGUUUAUAUUAAC